GUUGCAGUCUGGGGCCCCAGACAGCCUGCCUCUCUGAACUGAGCUGACAGCAUGAAGGCUCUCCCAGCCCUGCCACUGCUGCUGCUGCUGCUGUCUACACCUCCCUGUGCCCCACAGGCCUCUGGGAUCCGGGGAGAUGCUCUGGAGAAGUCCUGCCUUCAGCAACCCCUGGACUGUGAUGACAUCUACGCUCAGGGCUAUCAGGCGGAUGGCGUGUACCUCAUCUACCCCUCUGGCCCCAGCGUCCCUGUGCCUGUCUUCUGCGACAUGACGACUGAGGGCGGCAAGUGGACGGUUUUCCAGAAGAGAUUCAACGGCUCAGUGAGUUUCUUCCGGGGCUGGAACGACUACAAGCUGGGCUUUGGCCGUGCUGACGGGGAGUACUGGCUGGGUAAGGUGGGGCCACGGGGUAGGGGCUGCCUCUCAGCCAAGUCUUUGCUGACCAGACACCGCCCCUCCUUAGGGCUGCAGAACCUGCACCUCCUGACACUGAAGCAGAAGUAUGAGUUGCGAGUGGACUUGGAAGAUUUUGAGAACAACACAGCCUAUGCCAAGUAUAUUGACUUCUCCAUCUCCCCCAAUGCGGUCAGUGCUGAGGAGGAUGGCUAUACGCUCUACGUGGCUGGCUUCGAGGAUGGCGGGGCAGGUGACUCCCUGUCCUACCACAGUGGCCAGAAGUUCUCCACCUUCGACCGAGACCAGGACCUCUUCGUGCAGAACUGUGCAGCCCUCUCCUCGGGAGCCUUCUGGUUCCGAAGCUGCCAUUUCGCCAACCUCAAUGGCUUCUACCUGGGUGGUUCCCACCUCUCUUAUGCCAACGGCAUCAACUGGGCCCAGUGGAAAGGCUUCUACUACUCCCUCAAGCGCACCGAGAUGAAAAUUCGUCGGACCUGAGGGGCUGGCCCAGGCAGGCCCCAUCUCUCCCCUGGAAGCCCCAAGUCUCCAUAUUGUACCCACAAGACACUGCUUCUGCUUUCUGAGCACCAGCAAUUCCCCGGCAAUCCCUGUCCCAUGUCCAGAGUAACCAUUCCUAAGCCAGGCCCCAUUGCUAGGCUAGCCUAGCUGAGGCUAGGCUGUCAGCCAUCCCAGCCUGGAUCUGGCUAAACUAUAAAAACUCCAAGUUCCUUCUACUCCUUCCCAACAGCUGAAAGCCAGAAGCUACCUUCUAGCCAGCUUUUGCAUUCCACCUCGGCCUGUUUCCUUAUUGCAGACCCAUCUGUUUGGGGCUCCCCAGAGUAAUGCAGCACCUAUGGCAUUUGCCACCCAGCUCAUGCAUAGCCACUGUUACACCCCAGCACUCCCACCCAGACCACUUCCCACCUUUGGUCUCCCCCUCGACAACUUACCCCCUUACAGAAGAACCGAACCCCACCAGUCUUCACUAGUUCUUCAAAGUUCAAUACCAAAACAAUAUCCACCACAGCUCCUACUCACCAACCUCAAGUAGCUACCAGCAAGACAGGCAUGUUAACUAGGUCCCCUACUUGCCCUAGGGAUUGUCAUGAAAUGCAGCAGAGAACAAUCUGGGGGGCUGGGAGUGGUGGGAAGUGGAAGUCUCAAUAAACCUUCAGGAUCUGA